AUUUCAUAAUGGAAAAGACCGAAAUUCUAGAAAAUAAAGCAACAGAUGCAGAUGGAUCCAAUACUUCAAUUUCAACUGUUGAACAACCACAACCAAAUACUAAACAAACAACAAACGAAAAUGUAGUGAACAAAGAAGAGCAUGACACAGAAGCGAGAAGCAAAAAGGAAAAAGUGGGCAGAAUUCUCACAUUUUUGGGUCUUCAAAUCGCUUUGUUUUUAGCUGCUCUAGACAAUACCAUUGUAGCUACAGCAUUGCCUCGUAUAGGUUCUGAUUUCAAUCAAAUGUCAAUUGUAGCUUGGGUAGCUACUGCCUAUAUCCUCACAUUUGAUGCAUUUCAGCCCUUGUUUUCUAAAUUUUCAGAUAUUUUUGGUCGUAAAUGGAUUUUACUGUUCGGUAUCUCGAUUUUUCUUUUAGGCUCUGUUUUAUGUGGCGCUGCUAAAUCUAUGAUUAUGUUGAUUGUUGCACGAGCCAUUGCCGGAAUUGGUGCUGCUGGUAUUUUUUCAAUGGUCUUUGUUAUUUUCUCAGAGUUGGUACCUCUUGAAAAAAGAGGAAGUUAUCAAGGUAUCAUCAAUGCUGUGUUUGCUCUGUCAAGUGUUUUUGGACCUUUGAUUGGUGGUUCUCUUACCGACUAUGUUUCAUGGAGAUGGAAUUUUUAUAUAAAUCUUCCUAUUGGCGCUACUGCCAUGGCAGUGUUGAUUGUCUUUCUCAAAAUGCCUACACCUAAAGAUAAACUAUCCGACAAGUUGAAACGAGUGGACUAUGUAGGAACAUUGAUCGUCUUGGCUUUUGCUACACUUUUCUUGUUGGCACUUAAUUUUGGUGGUCAGACUUUCCCUUGGAAAUCAGCUGCUGUCAUUGUACCUUUGGUUCUUUCAGUUCUUUUAGUUGGACUAUUGAUCUUGGUUGAAAAGAAGUUUGCCAAAGAGCCAUUAAUGCCUCCUCGAUUAUUCAAGAACCGUUCUGUUGUUAGUGUGUUGAUUACAAAUUGGUUUUUUGGUAUGACCUUUUUCUCUGCAGUCUACUAUCUUCCUGUUUAUUUUCAAGUCGUGAGAAACGAUUCUGCCAUGUGGUCAGGUAUCAGACUGAUUCCUAUGCAAAUGGUUCUUUGUGUACUCUCCACUUUCUCUGGCCUGUUUAUCUCCAAAACUGGUAUCUAUCGACCUCUGAUUGUCUCUGGUAUGACCUUCCUUACUUUAUGGAUUGGUCUCACAAGCCUUUACAGACAAGAUACUCCUUGGUCUCAAGUGUACGGUAUAACUAUUGUUGGUUCCUUGGGUUUAGGAAGUCUUUUUUCUUCUACAAUCAUUGCUCUCCAAGCCUCUGUACCUCCUCAGGAUAUUGCUGUAGUAACAGGCCUUGGUAACUUUUCACGUAUCCUAGGUGGUGCUUUGGGUGUUGCUAUCUCAUCAGCUGUACUCAACUCUCAAUUGACACAAGAGCUCUUUAAAUAUUUACCAGAAGAUCAAGCAAUGGCAGUCAUUCAGUCUUCGGAAUAUGUCAAUCAUGGUCUUCCUAAAGAAUAUUUGGAUACCACAUUAACUAUCUAUGUCGAUGCUCUUCGGUUGAUUUGGUGGGUACUUAUUCCUAUGUCUGGUAUGGGCUUGAUUGCAUCUCUCUUUGUCAAGCAUCAUUCUACCCGUAGCCACCAAAAACUAAAAGAAGCCGAGUUAAAGAAGGAACAAGAAGCCCAGGCUCAAGAAGAAGAUCUUGUUGUAGUACAUGUUCCUGAUGAAGAAAAAGAAGAAAAGAAAGAAGAGAUAGAAGAGAAAGAACAGGUCAAAAAACCUGAAGUUGUAUAAACUCUACUAUUGUCAUCAAUUGAUUUUACCCCUUAAUCCUUUUCCAUCAAUAUAAUAUUUCAUAAUUUAGAAGCAAGCACAUUCAUGCAUCGUAAUCAUACACA